CCCUCCGAGCGCCGGCCCAGCGAGCAUCUUUCUGUGGGCUCGAGCGCCCCGGGAUCCUGGGGGCUGCAGAGCUGGGGGGGCGUUCGAGCUGCGAGGAUCCGGGCUGCCCGCGAGACGAGGAGCGGGCGCCCAGGAUGGGGUGCGUGAAGUCCAGGUUCCUACGGAAUGGAGGCAAGAGCUCGAAAACUGAGCCCAGCACCAACCCGCACAGCCCUGUGGGUACACAGGAUCUUCUGUCUGUGGCCAAGCUGGGGCCUAACAGCUACAAUGGCAACCCGCCAGGGUCUAUGGAGGCAGGCUCUGAGGAAAUCGUCGUGGUUGCCCUGUACGAUUACGAGGCCAUUCACCAUGAAGACCUCAGCUUCCAGAAAGGGGACAAGAUGGUGGUCCUGGAGGAGUCUGGGGAGUGGUGGAAGGCUCGAUCCCUGGCCACCCGGAAAGAGGGCUACAUCCCAAGCAACUAUGUCGCCCGUGUUGACUCUCUGGAGACAGAGGAGUGGUUCUUCAAGGGCAUCAGCAGGAAGGAUGCAGAGCGCCAACUCCUGGCUCCCGGCAAUGUGUUGGGCUCGUUCAUGAUCCGAGACAGCGAGACCACCAAAGGGAGCUACUCAUUGUCUGUGCGAGACUAUGACCCCCGGCAAGGAGAUGCAGUGAAGCAUUACAAGAUCCGGACCCUGGACAACGGGGGCUUCUACAUCUCCCCGAGGAGCACCUUCAGCACCCUGCAGGAGCUGGUGGCUCACUACAAGAAGAGUAACGAUGGUCUCUGCCAGAAGUUGUCGGUGUCCUGCGUGUCCCCCAAGCCACAGAAGCCUUGGGAGAAAGAUGCCUGGGAGAUCCCCCGGGAAUCCCUCAAACUGGAGAAGAGACUUGGAGCUGGACAGUUUGGAGAAGUGUGGAUGGCCACCUACAAUAAGCACACCAAGGUGGCAGUGAAGACGAUGAAGCCCGGCAGCAUGUCGGUGGAGGCCUUCCUGGCUGAGGCCAACCUGAUGAAAACCCUGCAGCACGACAAGCUGGUGAAGCUGCACGCGGUGGUCACGGAGGAGCCCAUCUACAUCAUCACGGAGUUCAUGGCCAAAGGAAGCCUGCUGGACUUCCUGAAAAGUGACGAAGGCAGCAAGCAGCCCUUGCCCAAGCUCAUCGACUUCUCAGCCCAGCUCCUCUCACCCCCAGCCAGAGUGUUUUUUACUUCUGUUCUCUCUCACACGCUCUUUCCUGUCUAUGGGAAAACAGGAGAGGAUGAGGAUGCCAUGGGAGUGCACAGCUGGAGCAUUUGGCCUGGUCCAGGAGCAAUCAGAGGAGGCUUCCCAAGGGAAGUGGGCUGUAGGCUGAGCCUGAAGGAUGAGUAGCAGUUCAGCUGAUGAAGAGGAAAGGGAAGGAUGAUCUACAGAAGAAAAAACCUGUGCAGAAGCCCGAAGGGGAGAACAAGGGGGCUCGACCUAAUCAGCUGGAGCCUAGAGGGUGACAGGAUGAAGGGAGGAUGGGUUGGUGCCGUGGUGGGAGUGGAGCAAGACCUGGCCUGUGCCUACAGGACAUGCCAAGGGCAGGGCUCAUUUGAGAAUGCAAAUUCCAGGGGCCCAACGGCCACCACAAGUAUAAUAAAAGGCUCUACUUUGGGAACCUGGAAUGCUAGAGACAUAUGGAAAUCAAGAGCAGGCAUUUUUACUCCAGUGGGCACUAUCACUGGGAAACAAUAGUCCGGCCUGUUGCUAUGUUAUAAUCAUCAAACCGGCCAAGACUUUCCUGGGCAAUAGUCAGAGGCUGGGGCGUGAUCCAGGAGACCCAUCUCACAGAUGGGAAAACAAACCAAGAAAGGGAAGAGGUUCUCGGCCUUUAAAGAGGUAGACUCAGAACCCAGGGGCAGGAAGGAGCACACCUGUGUGUCAGAUGACUUCCCCCAAAGCAUACGGUAAAUACUUUCUAAGUUACAGUAUCUGCCAUUAGCUUGAUAACUUUUGCUAACUGUAAGAAUUCCUUAUAAAUUUCCCACACUCCCCAAACCAAGACCCUGUCUCACUCUAUUCCCCCACACUGGUACCCCAACUCCCAUGGCUCCAAACAAAGUCAGAAAGUCUCUUCAAGUUUUUGUUCUCAAGUCUGGAUUUCAGGUCUGGCUGCCUCGGGCGCCCUCUGCUGUGCAUUCCCGCAAGUGCACCACCCACUUGCCCCUGGCCUUGAGCCAGCUGGUUGCACCUUUUCUUUGUUUCACUUAGUCAGAUUCCGGCUCUCCGCCACCCCCACCCCCACCCCCACAACAAUUAAUCUCAUCAGAUUGCACCAGCUAUAGUCUUUCCUCCAGAGCACUGGGGUGAUGAGUUAUUUAGAGGCAGCACAGGGCACUAGAUUGGAAAUCUGCAGACAGAUUUGAGUCUGACAUUCAGAAUUUUCCUGGUGGUAUAAUCUGGAAAGUGACCUGUCCUCUGUAAGACAGAGAUAAUGGUAAUUCCUGCCUCAAAGAGCUCAGAGGCUGGUUUAUAAGCUAAAAACUCUGCUUUCUGGGUAUCUGGGGUUAAUCUUAAACCUCUUUUGUCCAAACCCAUUUAAUCAUCAAUAGUAAAAAUGUCUCCAAGGCAUAAUCCAUGACUUUUUAUUAGAGAUUUCCAGGGCCCCCAGUGUGAUAAGAAUCCUUCACUCAGCUGGGCUGGGUGGCUCAUGCCUGUAAUCCUAGCACUCUGGGUGGAUUGCUUGAGCUCAGGCGUUCAAGACUAGUCUGAAUAAGAGCAAGAUUAAAAAUAGAAAAACUAGCUGGGUGUAGUAGCACAGACCUGCAGCCCCAGGUACUCAGGAGGCUGACUCAAGAGGAUUGCUCAAGCUCAAGAGUUUGACGUUGCUGUGAGCUAUGAUGACACCACAGCACUUUACCCAGGGUGAGACUUUGUCUCAAAAAAAAAAAAAAAAGAAGAAAGAAAAAAGAAAAAGAAUCCUCCACUCAGUCUGUUAUUCACUUGACAGUCAUGAUGACUUUUGCAUGUACAUCAGAACAUGUCACACUCCUGCUUAAUGGCUUCUCACUCUCAGAAUAAAAUCCAGCCUCCUCUCUUGUCCUCCAACGCUGUCCACAAUUGGCAGCCUCCCUCUCAACUUCACUCUCUCCUCUCUGUCAUGGCAUCUUCUGCUCAGCCACCUUGGCCUCGAGGCUGUUCCAUAAACCCCUCUCUCUGCCUGGCAUAGUCUUACAUGACACACUUAUUAUUAUCAGCAUUCAAAUUGUAGCUCAUUUCUCACCUCCUUAAAGCAGGCUUCCCUGACCAACCAAACAAAAAAGCCCUCUAAGCUCAUGUUUUCUUGCUCUAUCUUUUCUUUAUGGUACUUGUCGCCACCUGUCCAAGUAAUAUAUCUGGCACUCAAAAACACUCAGGAGAUUUUUGUUGAAUUAAUUAAUGAAUUUUUCUUACCCAGGUUCUUUGGGAGAAAGAAGAUAUAAAAGACAUAGGAGAAUAUGACAUGAACCCAGGUUGUCCCCCCAAACAGGGUUGAGGAUGAAAGCACUUCAUAGUAUCCUGGUGUGUGUGUGUGUGUGUGUGUGUGUGUGUGUAUGUAUAGGUCCUGGAGAAAAAGCCCCAUUGCUUUUUCCUUGAGAACAUUUCAAAGUGCUCCCUGGAAGUUUUGGAACUCUAAAGAACCCCCCAAAUUGACCCAGGCCUCAAGGAUACGCCCCACAUGGAUGGGUAAACAAAGAAAUGCUAACCUGAGCCCUGGAAACUCCAACAAAAAUGGGGGAGGUGAGGCAGAUGUUUUCUAGUUUUCUCUUAGUCGGACACUCCUCUGCUGCUUUGGAGUGGACCACCUGGGUCUGGGCCAGGUCUGAGGACGAGGGCGUCUCUGUUUUGGAUGCAGAUUGCAGAAGGCAUGGCCUUCAUUGAGCAGAGGAACUACAUUCACCGAGACCUCCGAGCUGCCAACAUCUUGGUCUCUGCAUCCCUGGUGUGUAAGAUUGCUGACUUCGGGCUGGCACGGAUCAUCGAAGACA